GCGCCGCCUAUUGCGCUGAUUUUGCAGAACCCGCCAUUUGCCACUUUUAGUUUAGCAGGAGUUGUUGUAGCGAAUCCAAUUUCAUCUGUUCGUGGAGGAAAAGCAUCACCUCCAACCAUGAGUGGAGGAGGGACGCCAUACCUUGGCAGUAAAAUAAGUCUUAUAUCAAAAUCAGAAAUUCGAUAUGAAGGUAUUUUGUACACAAUUGAUGCUGUCGAGUCAACCGUCGCUCUCGCAAAAGUUCGUUCAUUUGGGACCGAAGAUCGGCCAACUGAGAGACCAGUUGCUCCAAGGGAAGAGGUGUAUGAGUACAUCAUCUUUAGAGGCAGUGACAUUAAAGAUUUGCGUGUUUGUGAACCACCCAAGCCGCAGCCCCAAUUGAAAUCGGGCUUAGCUCAAGACCCUGCUAUUGUACAGCACUCAGUUGCUGUGACUGCCGGAGGUCAGGCAUCCUCGUCAUUUCAACCAUCAUUUGGUGUUGGCGGUGCUCCUACGAGCAGUUUCGGCCCAUUUGGUGGACUUCCGUACCAGUAUCCUGGACCAGGAGCUAUAGGACAGCCUUCACAUCAAGGGCUCCAGCCUUCCCAAAGACCACCAUCAGAAGGCUCAAGAUCGCUUACACCACCGAUAAAUCGUGCAUCCCCAACUGUUGACCAGGGCGUGCAGGCGACAGAGCCAUUGCAGAAACAGGACAGGAAAGCAGUUGGCACUCCAGUGAUCCGUGGCCGGCAGUCGCCCAGCACACAGCAUGGUGGUCAUAAGCAGCAUCUGCAACAGCAGCAACAACAACAGCAACAGAACUACAGCGGCGCCCAUCAGCGGAGAGAUAAUCGAGACGGCCGGGACAAUCGGGACAAUCGGGAGAGAAGUCAGCAGAGUGAGAGGGGGCGUAGGCCUCCUGGACGUGGCGAAAGUUAUUCGCGUGGCAGAGGACGUGGAGGUAGAGGUCUCAGCGGCCGGCCUGGCCAACCAACUAAACCAAAGGACAGGAUUAAGUUUGAAGGAGAAUUCGAUUUUGAAGCUGAAAAUGCAAAGUUUCACAAGGAAGAACUGGAGGAGGAAUUCCAGAAGCUGAAGCUCAAUUCACCAUUGCCCGUCGCCGUUACUGAGAAGGUGGCAUUGAACGGGGACGAGAAAAAGGAGAAGGAGGACUCCGGCAAUGAAACGCAGGUGGAUACCCAUGAGGAGGAUGAUGCCAUGUUUUAUGACAAAACGAAGUCGUUCUUUGACACCAUUAGCUGUGAGGCUACAGAGAGACUCAAAGGGAAACACGACAAAUCCAGCUGGCGUCAAGAGCGAGCACUCAACAAUGAAACAUUUGGGGUGGGCAGCACCAACGCGUAUAACCGGCGUGGGUACUACCGGGGCCGCGGCGGCUACGGUGGUGGAUACAGGCGCGGUGGCUACGGUUACCGCAACGAUGGUUACCGCGGCGGCAAUCGUGGCAGAGGAUAUGGAAGAGGUCGGGGUGCUCCACGUAACGAUCUUCGACAGGCACAAGCGACUCAGGAUUAAUAGGACCAGUGUUGCCAUAAAUGGAUCAAUAUAUCAUUAAAUGGAAAAUCUUUAAAGAUUUUGAGACUGCCAGCCUUUGUGCACGAGUGAUUCACCACACUUGGCGAACCAGAAGUUAAUCGGCAAGCUACAGCUAAUGCAUCCCUGUGCUGCUAGAAUUAAUGGGAGCAUACCAAAUCGGUUCUUCGGUUUGUAUUUAUUAUUAAUGUAGCGUGCCUGUCCUGUGGGUAGCUACCCAGGUUUCCUGCACACAGUUUUGUUUAAGUGAUUGAAGGCGACACGUUGGUCGUGGCUGUGCCGGCUUGCUCUCUCACCAUUGUCGCUCUUUGCUGAUCAUUUGGUGGCGUUUGUGUUUGUACAGAGAGAAUUACUUUUGCCAGUUAAAUAUUGCAUAUUUUUGGUGAGAUUUGGCAUGACUGUAGACAAGAGCAUGUCUUCACAAUCUUGGACGGCAAUCGUCGUCAUAUGUACAGAAGUGGAGUGGGUUGUAUUACAAGAAGCUCCCGGUUAUGUUGGUGCGAGGUUGUAAUUUGAAGUUAGGAUGGUUGCCUGAAGAAGGUUUAGUAAGAGCGGCUAUCCUGAUUGUGUAAAUUAUUAAGAUUUUUUGGAGGAUGACUGAGUACGAGUGUUGCUUCAUUGCGAAAUUGUGCAAGAAGUUUGCAUUACUAACAGCUUUCAUUUGAAAUAUGAAGCCAAAAAGGACGUGAAGACAUAUGUUCAUAUGUGCGACUGGAAUCCGGAAUCUAUACGAGUUGUGAUUUUCCGAAUCCAAGUAGACUUGUGUUGUUUUAGCAACAGCAGCAGCGUGGAAUUUGCCACGUAAUUGAUUGAAUAGUCUGUUGUCGAGGUUGGUGUAUUAACAUGCUGUUGCAGGCUAUUGUCAGACCUAGUGAGCCAACCCCUGAUUCCUUUGUGUAAUGUUAAUUAUAUUGGGUAAUGGCAAAGAAUAUUGUAAUUUCCAUGCGUGAACGGACAUGGCCUUGCUUUUGUUAGCUAGAAAUCAUGCUUGCGACUGACAAUAAAAAGUAAAAAAUGUGUUGUUUGGUCUAACGUCUAUAGCAUAGAAAUUAUUCUUUGUAUUGUUCAUAGACAUUCGAGUUUCUCUAUGGAUAUAUCACACAUUGCUAACUCCUGGCAGUGCAAGUUGUAUCAUCUUCUUGAUUGAUUGGCAGGAGUUGUAAGGAGUAUUAUUCUAACCGCAGAAUCUCAUGCAGUUAGUUAAGUUGGUGUUGAUACCAGCUCAGAUUAGCUACCUUUUGCGCAGUACAAAUGAAAAAAUGAUAGUCAUUGAUGUUAUGAUUGCCUAUUUACCACUGAGUUAAUGAACCAUUCUGGUUAUUUCACAUGCCAUGACAUCGCAUUUGGAAGCGAUGAUGCCUUUUGAGUUUUAUCUGUUAACAGUUUCAUUUAGAUUUCAUUGUUUAAUUACCUUCAGGACAACAGCUAAGCAUGUUAAUUGUGCAUAGGGUUUAAAGUAGUCCUUAAAUGGGAUUACUUCUGCAACCCAUCCCAUGUACAGAUAUUACCAAAAACAACAAAAAUAAACUGAUCUUUUUCCCCAGCAAAAA